GCACAUGAUUGGUCAUGGAUCGAUGCACGUUCACGUUAUUCUGCGCGUCCAUGCUUCAGCGUCAUUGUGGAGAGGAGGGAAGCGGUAAAAGUAACAACCAAGUCUGCAUCGUAUGCCUGCCUUUUCCCAUUGUCAAUGAAUUGUCCUCGCAUUCCUAUGUCUUCCAGUUGACAUACUGCACGCACGGCACACCAGUUCUGCAAAGAAGCAGGAUAUUCGCAGGCUGUGUGAUUUUCAGCACCUGAUCAUUGCUGACACUGUUCACCCUUCUGGAUCAUGGCACAGACCAACAGCGUGGGGCAGGGGAGCAAUGGAGUAGCCGAUGAAUCGCCGAACAUGAUUGUAUACAGAAAGAUGGAGGACGUAAUAGCGCACAUGCAGGAUGAGAAGAAUGGAAUUCCUAUCCGCACUGUGAAAAGUUUUUUAUCCAAGAUUCCAAGUGUUUUUUCAGGUUCUGACAUUGUACAGUGGAUGAUCAAAAACCUGAACAUUGAAGAUCAAGUGGAGGCCCUUCACCUAGGGACCCUGAUGGCUGCCCAUGGCUACUUCUUCCCUAUCUCAGACCACGUACUCACACUCAAAGACGACGGCACUUUCUACAGGUUUCAGACCCCCUACUUCUGGCCAUCAAACUGCUGGGAGCCAGAAAAUACAGACUAUGCUGUUUACCUGUGCAAAAGAACAAUGCAAAACAAAGCUCGUCUGGAGCUAGCAGAUUAUGAGGCGGAGAGCUUAGCGAGGCUACAGAGAGCAUUUGCCAGAAAAUGGGAGUUCAUAUUUAUGCAAGCAGAAGCACAAGCAAAAGUUGACAAGAAAAGGGAUAAGAUUGAGAGGAAAAUUCUCGAUAGUCAAGAAAGAGCAUUUUGGGAUGUGCACAGACCUGUGCCCGGAUGUGUAAACACAACAGAAGUUGACAUAAAGAAGUCCUCCAGAAUGAAAAACCCCCACAAGACAAGAAAGUCUGUAUAUGGGCCUCAGAAUGAUGUGCGCACCCACAGCCCCACCCACACCCCUGCCCCAGAGGCCAAGCCGGCCACAGAGGAGGAGCUACAGGACCAGAUCACUUAUUGGGGAGGGCAAUUAGACAGACAUCGACUGAAAAUGUCCAAAGUGGCCGAGAGUUUGUUGGCCUAUACAGAGCAAUAUGUGGAAUAUGACCCCUUCAUCACACCAACCGACCCCUCCAACCCCUGGAUCUCAGACGACACCACUGUGUGGGAGCUGGAGGCCAGUAAGGAGCCAGGUCAGCAGAGGGUGAAGAGGUGGGCGUUCGGAAUCAAUGAGGUUCUCAAGGAUCAGGUGGGGAGGGAGCAGUUCCUCAAGUUCCUGGAGUCUGAGUUUAGCUCAGAGAACCUGAGGUUCUGGCUAGCGGUCCAGGAGGUGAAGAAGAGGCCAAUCCGGGAGGUCCCGACCCGGGUUCAGGAGAUCUGGCAGGAGUUCCUGGCCUCUGGAGCUCCCAGUGCCAUCAACGUUGAUUCUAAGAGCUACGACAAGACCACCCAGAAUGUCAAGGACCCUGGACGCUAUGCCUUUGAAGACGCACAGGAUCACAUCUUCAAGCUGAUGAAGAGUGACUCCUAUAGCCGCUUCAUCCGUUCCAGUGCCUAUCAGGAGCUGUUACAGGCCAAGAAGAAGAAAAGUAAGAACUUGUUUUGAAGGAUUUUUGCUUCCAGGGGAAAUCCCUUACAUCAAAGAGGCUGACCAGUCUUGUGCCAUCAUGCUAAAACAUAGCCACUCUCGGAUAUAGAGGAGGACCAUAUAAUUUCUACGUCAUCGCCGUUUGCUUUCCACUCAGACGAUGAGCUGGACAGUACAUCAGAUGUUGCAUGUCCAAGGAGAAGACUUGUUAUUCCUUUUACCUGAUCUAUGUCUACUAUUGGAAAGGAGAGGCAUUUGGAGACUUUUACAAAUAUUGGGGCUGGAUAAUGCCUUUACAGAAAGUCAGUGUCCAGUUACUUACACCAUAUCUGAUGGACACGUAUGUCCCUCUCCAGCUGAGCUAAUAAUGUCAGAAAUAAAAAAUGAAGGAAACGUUAGCUUAACAGUAAAAUCUAUUCAAAAUAUCAUCACUAUACAGUACUCGAUCUGUAAUCACAGAUACUUUGGUCACGCUAAGGGAAGUGUUGUGCGGUAUGCAUAAAUGUAAAUUAUUAUGUUCAUUUUGCAUUGAUUUUAUUGCACUACAAUAAUUAGCACAGUUUUCAUUACACUUGUAAAGUCACAUUUGAGCUGUAAGAAAAGGUGUUUCUGUCUUAUGUAAAACGUAAUUCUUUGUUACUCUCUCCUGCAUUUAUUUUUAUACCAUAUUUAAAGACACUUAAAAAUGUAUUAAAGUUGUCCCUUUAUCUGUU